AAUAUAAGGUAAAAAAAAAAGAAUUUGUCAGGGCAUCGAAAGAUGAUUGGCUGUCUUGGCCUUGCAAUGUCGGUGCUGUGAUCCAAUCUUAGCAUCAAUUAUUUUGGUUUUUCUUGGACGUUUAUGUCUCAAGCAGACCCACCCAAGUUCACAGUAAGGGCUUGUAAUCAGCUAUAGAAGAAGUAGCGGUAGAGCCUUGAUAUCAUUUCAAAGUUGGAGCAAAUCAACUGGGGAAGAAGAUGAAGUUGAGCUGGAAGCUAUGGCUUCCUCAGAAGCACAAGCACUUGCUUCUUAAGUUCGCGGUGGCCGUACUCUUAAUGGGUCUUGCUUUUCGGCUUCUUCUCGUUCGCUCCACCGACAUUUCUCCCGAACUCGAAAUCCCUUUACCUGAAACCCCUCGUCUUCCUCAAAAAAUUGAGGCUUUAGAACCACCGCCUUCUCUUGAAGUUGAAGCUCAAGAGAAUGAGGAAGAGAUUUCUGAAACAGACCUUUUCCAAAUAGAUGGAGAUAAGUGUAAUCUUUUCAAUGGGGACUGGGUUCCAAACCCAUCGGGUCCUCUUUACACAAAUAAGACCUGCUCUUUUAUCGAAUCCCAUCAGAAUUGCAUUAGAAAUGGCAGACCUGAUUCAGACUAUUUAUAUUGGAGGUGGAAACCUCGACAAUGUGACUUACCAAAGUUUGAUGCCGAAAGAUUCCUUGAGCUGAUGAGGAACAAAGCAUGGGCAUUGAUAGGUGAUUCAAUAUCUCGUAACCAUGUGCAGUCAUUGCUCUGCAUGCUAUCAACGGUGGAAAAACCCGUUGAAGUCUUCCAUGACAAGGAAUAUAAGUCCAGACGAUGGAACUUCCCCACAUACAAUUUGACUAUCUCAGUUAUUUGGUCCCCUUUCCUUGUAAAAGCUACCAUAUAUGAAGACUACAAUGGUGUUUCAACGUCUGAAGUUAAGCUGCAUCUUGACAAACUUGAUAAGAAAUGGACAACUCUUUACGAGAACUUAGACUACAUGAUCAUUUCUACCGGGAAAUGGUUUCUCAAAUCUUCAAUCUACUACGAGAACAACGAAGUUGUGGGAUGCCAUUACUGUCCUAAAAGAAAAUUCGAGGAGUUGGGGUUUGGUUUUGCUUAUCGGAAAGCACUGAGAGAAGCGAUGAACUUUGUAGCAAAAUCUAAUCACAAAGGCAUGAUCCUUUUCAGAACUUCUACACCAGAUCAUUUUGAGAACGGGGAGUGGUCUAGCGGUGGGACUUGCAAGAGAAAAUUCCCAGCUAAAGAAGGUGAUUUUCGACUGAAGGACAUACACAGGAUUCUGCGUAAAAUUGAGCUAGAAGAAUUUAGGGAUGCGACAGCAAAUGCUUCCACCGAUGGGGUCAAGAUGAAACUCCUCGAUGUUAAUCCGCUUUCACUGUUGAGGCCAGACGGGCAUCCGGGUCCUUACAGAGAAUAUCAUCCCUUCGAACGCCAUAAAGAUGGAAACGUCCAAAAUGAUUGUCUGCAUUGGUGCUUACCGGGGCCGAUUGAUUCAUGGAAUGAUUUGAUAAUGGAAAUGGUGGUGAAUAGCUAAGAAAUUAGCCAGUUUGUUGCCUCAAAAAACUUUUUCCUUGUAGAGUUGAAAAGUGCAUGUGAUAUGGUAUUCUUGUAAAGGGUUGCUCUUGCCAAGUUUUGACAUUCGAAACAUCAAGCUUUUAUGGCCAGAAGUGCAACUGUACUAGGUAUCAAAAUUGGCCUGUCUUUGACUUCAUCAUGUUAUGGUAUAAAGAAUAGAAGAAUAUUCGAAUGAAGGUCGAAACAGUAACAUUAUGAUAAAGUGAAACCUCAACCAUAUUUAUUUGUUGUAGAUUUUUAUUUUGAUUCUGAUAUUUGCUAAAGCCCACCUGCUCUUUCUUAGAUA